AUGUCUUCUUCAUCAUAUCUUCAAACAACGAACAGUUCUAUGCAUCAUACAUCUUUUAAUUCAAUUCCUUCUGAUGAUGAUAAUGAAGAAUUUAUUGAUGAAGAUGAUGAUGAUCGUUCUAAUGAAUCUAUUGAUAAUUCACCAAAUAAGAAAAUAAAUAAAAAAACCUUAGGUCGUGUAAAAAUAAAAAUGGCUUAUAUUGAUAAUAAAAUUCGACGAUAUACAACAUUUUCAAAACGUAAAACAGGUAUCAUGAAAAAAGCCUAUGAAUUAGCAACAUUAACAGGUACUGAAGUUAUGCUUCUUGUUGCUUCUGAAACUGGUCAUGUUUAUACGUAUGCAACUCCUAAAUUACAACCAAUGAUAACAAGUGAAGCUGGUAAAGCACUUAUUCAAACAUGUCUUGCAAAAGAUGAACCCGUUAUUGAACCACCACCAUCAACAACUACAUUAAAUAAUAAUGAUGUUAUAUUUAUUGAUGAAAAUCAACAAAAAAAACGCACAAAUUUAUCUACAGAUAAUGAUACACCAAUUGAAAUUCGUCCUACUAAACGUCCUAAAUUAAAACCAACUGAUGAAAUUGAACAAGUCAAUGUUUCAACUUCAAAUGUACCUCUUCCGACAACAAUUUAUCCACCAACAAUAGCUGUUCCUUUAUCAUGUUUAGUCAAUGCAGAUUCUCAACAACAAUCUAUAAAUGGUUCAAAUUCCUUUACAAUUGAUUUAAAUUCUUUAAAAACUAAUGGAAUGAAUAUUGUACUUGCCCCAUUAUCUAAUACCUCUCAACCCUCACCUCCGUCUAAUAUACCACUUGUAUUAACCCUUGGUAAUUUUCCAUAUCAACCAUCUUAA